AUGGGAUUCCGACCGAUGGAUGUAUUGAUGGUCGAGUCCACUAUUGCGAUUGGAUCUCUGACAGCAGAGAAAAUAUUCAUUACAACGGUGAUACUACAUGCGGCACAUAUUUCCCCGGAGGUGCCAGAUUUCCGGCAAUAUUACAUGGCCGCUGUUCGCCUUCUGGCCCUUCUCACCCACCACCUCUUCCUCUUCUUCAUUUUCCUGACUCUCUGUCCUCUUUCUUUCUCCCUCCUCAACACCAAACCCAACGACGUUGCCCUACUCCAACUCAAAGAAUCGUUCAACAACACCACUGCUGUUGAUUCUUGGAAAAAAGGUACGAAUCCAUGCGACAACAAUGAGGGAUGGGCUGGUGUUAUAUGCCUAAAUGGCGUUGUCACAAACCUCAAUCUCGCCAAUUUUGGCCUUUCCGGCGGGUUCAAUGUUGAUGCAUUGAGUGAUCUUAGAAGCAUUAGAAUAAUUAGUGUCGAGAAUAACUCUUUUUCUGGUCCAAUACCGGAAUUUAAUCGGCUAGGUUCUUUGAAGGCUAUUUUUUUAUCUAGAAAUCAGUUUUCCGGCGAAAUCCCAUCGGAUUUCUUCUCCAAUACGAGGUCUUUGAAGAAACUUCGGCUUUCAGCAAACAAAUUUUCCGGGAAAAUUCCGGAUUCAAUAGGAAAAAUACCCCAUCUCUUGGAUUUGCACUUAGAAUUCAAUGAAUUUUCAGGACCUAUUCCACCCAUUGAACAACAAUCUUUAACUUCAUUGAACUUAUCAAACAACAAAUUGGAAGGUGAAAUCCCUGAAAGUCUGUCAAGAUUUAGUGCAGAUUCAUUCAUAGGAAAUCCAGACCUAUGUGGUAAACAAGCGGGAAAAGAUUGCAAUAACAAAGAGCCAUUAGUCCAAGAAGAGAAUCCCCAAGUUUCAUCCCCAGAAAACAUGCCCAAAGAAUCGAACAUUUCAAACGCAAAGUGGGUUGUGUUAGGUUUAAUAGUUGCUGUUUUAUUGUUUACACUACUUUCUAAAGCGAAGCGUAAGGACGAUGAUUUCGACAUGCUGAGAAAAGAGAACCUAGAUGAUGUUGUUCAUGUGCACAUACCAAGUUCUAACAGAAGGAGCAUGAGCCCUAGCCGGAAAGGACUUGACUCGUCCCACUCGACUCGGGGUCGGAGAAGCUCGCGCCAUGCGGCACAUAUUUCCCCGGAGGUGCCAGAUUUCCGGCAAUAUUACAUGGCCGCUGUUCGCCUUCUGGCCCUUCUCACCCACCACCUCUUCCUCUUCUUCAUUUUCCUGACUCUCUGUCCUCUUUCUUUCUCCCUCCUCAACACCAAACCCAACGACGUUGCCCUACUCCAACUCAAAGAAUCGUUCAACAACACCACUGCUGUUGAUUCUUGGAAAAAAGGUACGAAUCCAUGCGACAACAAUGAGGGAUGGGCUGGUGUUAUAUGCCUAAAUGGCGUUGUCACAAACCUCAAUCUCGCCAAUUUUGGCCUUUCCGGCGGGUUCAAUGUUGAUGCAUUGAGUGAUCUUAGAAGCAUUAGAAUAAUUAGUGUCGAGAAUAACUCUUUUUCUGGUCCAAUACCGGAAUUUAAUCGGCUAGGUUCUUUGAAGGCUAUUUUUUUAUCUAGAAAUCAGUUUUCCGGCGAAAUCCCAUCGGAUUUCUUCUCCAAUACGAGGUCUUUGAAGAAACUUCGGCUUUCAGCAAACAAAUUUUCCGGGAAAAUUCCGGAUUCAAUAGGAAAAAUACCCCAUCUCUUGGAUUUGCACUUAGAAUUCAAUGAAUUUUCAGGACCUAUUCCACCCAUUGAACAACAAUCUUUAACUUCAUUGAACUUAUCAAACAACAAAUUGGAAGGUGAAAUCCCUGAAAGUCUGUCAAGAUUUAGUGCAGAUUCAUUCAUAGGAAAUCCAGACCUAUGUGGUAAACAAGCGGGAAAAGAUUGCAAUAACAAAGAGCCAUUAGUCCAAGAAGAGAAUCCCCAAGUUUCAUCCCCAGAAAACAUGCCCAAAGAAUCGAACAUUUCAAACGCAAAGUGGGUUGUGUUAGGUUUAAUAGUUGCUGUUUUAUUGUUUACACUACUUUCUAAAGCGAAGCGUAAGGACGAUGAUUUCGACAUGCUGAGAAAAGAGAACCUAGAUGAUGUUGUUCAUGUGCACAUACCAAGUUCUAACAGAAGGAGCAUGAGCCCUAGCCGGAAAGGACUUGACUCGUCCCACUCGACUCGGGGUCGGAGAAGCUCGCGCCAUGGUAAGUCUUCCGGCGAUCUUGUGGUGGUGAAUGAAGAAAAGGGUCUUUUUGGGUUGCCGGAUUUAAUGAAGGCAGCCGCAGAAGUGCUUGGUAAUGGUGGAUUGGGUUCAGCAUACAAGGCAAUGAUGGCGAAUGGGGUGUCUGUUGUGGUGAAGAGGCUGAGAGAGACGAAUAAAUUGAGUAGUGAUUCAUUUGAUUGUGAGAUCAGGAGGCUUGGGAAACUAAGUCAUCGGAAUAUUUUGACGCCAUUGGCGUACCAUUACAGGAAAGAGGAGAAGCUCUUGGUGUCUACUUACGUUCCUACAGGCAGCUUGUUGUAUGUCUUACAUGGUGAUCGUGGGAUUUCUCAUGCUAAGCUAAAUUGGCCAACUCGCCUCAAGAUUAUCAAGGGAAUCGCCCGCGGAGUGGGAUUCCUUCAUUCGGAGUUUGCAACAUAUGAGCUGCCCCAUGGAAAUCUCAAGUCCAGCAACGUCCUCCUAGACUCAAAUUAUGAGCCACUUCUCAAUGACUAUGCCUUCCAUCCCCUAAUAAACAACACCCAAAGCGUUCAAUCACUGUUCGCCUAUAAAUCCCCAGAAGCCAUUCUGUACCAGCAAGUUUCUCAAAAGAGUGAUGUUUUCUGUUUCGGAAUAAUCACUCUGGAACUCCUUACAGGGAAAUUUCCCUCUCAAUAUCUCAGCAACCAAAAGGGUGGGACUGAUGUGGUGCAAUGGGUCCGAUCAGCAAUUUCUGAGAAUAGGGUAUGGGAAUUGAUCGAUCCAGAUCUAACAACUGCUGCUGCAGAUUCACUUGUACAGAUUGAGAAGCUUCUCCAUAUUGCGGCUGCUUGUACCGAAAGCGAUCAAGAUAAGAGGAUGAACAUGAAAGAAGCAAUCAGGAGAAUAGAGGACAUACAAGUAUGA